ACAGUGUGGAGUUGUUACCAGUGGGGAAAGAGCAAAAAUUAGUUUACAAGCGGAUGUGCCACGCACAACGACCGUCGUCCACCAUCAACAACCACCGACCACUGGAUAGCUUAGAUUUAUCAAGUGCUGCUGGGCGCCUUCGACACCUUCGGCGAUAUGUAUAACGGCAUAAGCUGAAGAAGUUCGGGACGAGUCACGGGAAAAGAGCGGCGACGUUAUCGAGAGAGAACCGAGUCAACGGUGCUCAAAGUCAACAAAUGGAGCAUAGAGGCGCGUCGCGCGGGCAGCAGGAGCAGCAGUAGCGUUCAGCUAUCGUCGGGGACCUGAUCGUCGUCGGACCCGAUCUCGCGCGGGGGGACGCGGGGUCGCGGAGGCGCCGGCCGUACGAGCGCGAUGGCCGCGACCGACGGUCAGAUCGUCGUCGCGGCGGCACGCUGGGCCGAGGAGGCGACGUACCUGCGUGAGUUUGUCUCCAAGUACCGACUGCCGGCGGUGAUCAAGAUCACGAAGGGCCAGUAUGGCGGGCUGGGCGUGCCGACGCUACCGGCGCCGAGCUUGCAGAGCACCGCGCUGCUGAUAUCGGCCGGCCGUCGGCGUAAAAUCGUGGCGCAGGCGGUGAAGAAGGAGGGCCGCCGGGUGGUCGGCGUGGGGCCGAGACUGGCGAUACCGGACUCGUACGCGGGCUACUUCGAGAUCCUGAGCGAGGAAGGUCGAGCGGUGCGCGGCAUCGAGUCGGUGAGCGAGUUAUCGCGAAGAUGUCCGGAGGAGGGUGCUCUGGUGCGCGAGACUGUGCGCGGCAUCGCCUGCCGAGUGGACGACGAGUCGGGUAUCGUGGUACCGGAGGGCACGAGAACCCUCGCGGCCGGCGAGACGAUCGUUACCGUCGGUGAAGUCGCCCUACCCGGUCGCGGUCGGUUUCUGCGCUGCGUCGACUGUCACGGCGACAGCGUGUUGCUCGGGAUGGAUCAGCGCGGACGCUUCAGCGCCAUGGCGCGCGAGGACAACAUCAGCGGCGUGCACACCGCCAGGGCGCUCCUCAGCAAACGUCUGCCGCUCACCGUGAGACUGGUGCACGGCCAGCCGCCGCGAGGACUCAAGUCAUCGUCGCAAUUUGUACCCGAGUUGAGGCUGCUGUCGACUUUCGAGGAGGAGCACGUGUUCGCGUUGCCCUUGCAGAGGGAAGGCGCGGCAGUCGCGCUACCGCUCGCGGCACCGCUCAAGCUGGUGAAGGCGCGAAACGAGGAGGCGCUCAGGUCGAUGCAGGAGUUCACGAGGUUGGUGGAACGCGCCUCCCGUCUGGUUGCCGACGUGGCCGAUCGGGCGCACGUGUUGGACGGUCGUCUGGGCGAGAGCAAGCCCUCCAGGCAGACGAGAAGUGGCUCGGGCUUCCUCAGAAGACCAUCGACCAACUCGGAUCACGCGCCGUUGAGCCACCAUAGGAACAGCAGCAGCGGCGGCGGCGGCGGCGGCGGUGGCGCCGGUCAUCAUCAUCAUCAUCAUCACUAUCACAGCAACGGGCAUCAGCCGUCCUCCGGACACUCGGGAUACCGGGACGAGAAUAGAGUACCGCCGUCGUCGUCGAACUGCACGGAGGAGUACGACGAGAUCGAUCAGAUAUACGACUACGUGCGCGGCUUCGCGCCCUUGCCGAAGAGCGUCAGAUCGCCGUACGAGAGUCCCUCGCCGCCGGCCAGGGGUUCGACUCCGCCGUUGACGCCGGUGACGGUGACGAUCGCGCCCUUGCUGGACGAUCGACCGGAACCGCCACCGAUCGAAACGAUACCGACCAAGAAGAUUCAGGCGGAGAAGCGUACUAGGCGCGCGGUCAAGGAAGCGCCGCAACCGCUCGCGCGGAUGGAGAAGCCGCCGCUGGCGAAGCUCUACGUGAAGAACAGCGGCACGCAACGCGGCCGACCGCUAAUGAGGCAGAAGAGCGCGUCGCCGUUGAAGGAAACGCCGCCGGGUUACAAGGGCGGUUCCCCGCUCUUCAACAUACGUUAUAAGAGCCUGACGAAUCUUCAGCAGGCCAUGGAACUUGACGGCACGCUGGACUCCAGUCACUCGGGCGGAAGGACGUCGGGUGACUCCGGCGCGGGCGCCAAGCUGCCAGAGAAGAGAUCGAGACGUUUAAGCAGGCCACGAUCGCUGACGAAUUUAGUCUGGGAGCUACGAGGUGGAAGCGGCCUCGGCUGCACGAGACCGGAAACUCCGCCGCCCGCAACGGCUGUACCGCUGCCACCGACUAAAUGUGGUCCACGUCUGGCUGUCACUGUCGUGGCACCGCGACGUGUCGGCACGCUCUACCUCUAACUCAUUCAACCGACGAAGGGCUGAAGAAGGCAAAGAGCGGUUCGGAUCAAGAGCCGUGGAUCUCCGGCGUCGUUCGUUCAACCAAUCAAAAUUCAUAAGAGGAGCUCAAGGGAGAAAAAUAGAAGGACGGGAUGUAUUUUUGCCAGCGAUUCCGCCAUUCUUUCAGCAUUAAUAUAUCGCAGCUGCGAAAGCCAUUCAAACUCGUCGUCCGACACACGACAGCAUAUAUACACACAUACAUACUUACACAUAUAAUACAUACAUACACGCAUAAAAGACCCAAAAGCCUGAUCAGCGCCGCGUACUUCCUGUGAUCGUCGAUUAACGAUAAGUGGAAUAAUCAAAAAUAGCGACGCAGCGGAAGAGGAUAUGUUCAGGUCACGAAAAGAGAAGCGAAUUACUAGAAUGCUCUCGUAGAGAAAGGCGACGCCGUGUUACAAAGAGUAUCGAGAUCGGUAUCGAGAUGCGACGCGAAGCGAAGUAGUAGAAGCUGAUACUUUGUAAGAUCCCGACAAUGGUCGAUCUUCCGGCACGUACACACGUAAUCUGCUCCAUAUAGAAUAUACUCGUUCAUAAAUCUUUCAGAAACAUAAAAUGCCUGUACAAAUAUUUUUCCUACCUAGCAAAUUGAAAAUUCAGCACGAUCAAUGUUAUCCCUACGGCGAAAAUAUAGUAUAUCGCUUAAUAUUGUUUUGCAUCGUUUGCUUGGUCUUCGUCUCGUUACGUGUGAAAAAGAAUUUUUAGCUAUGCAGAUGAAAAAUAUUGACAAUAUUCACUAUACUUUCUUUUAAUAAAAAAAUUAAGUAAAUUUUAAAUAAAAUAUGAAUCAACUUUUAAUGAGUUGACAAACGCUAUUGAUCGAAAUAAACAUGUUGUUAUAAUAACAUUGUCGAUAUUUUUCUAUCUCUAAUGCGUGCACACAAAAGAUGAAAGUUUUAAUUCGUCAUGGAAGCAUAUUUGCGUUACUCUUUACCAUCGAUUGAAGAUGGAAAUCGGUAGGUCGCGAAGAGGGUCGAAUCUACAGGCGUAUAUAAUCACGCAUUGUCUGAAAGCUAAACACGAUUUGCGUACUCGUAAAUCACAUCGCCUCGUGCACGAAUAGUAGAUUCUUUUUAUAAAGAGACGCGCUGUCCGAGGGGAGCGUGCGGCCUGGCGAGCCGCGUAGUUAAGGAUACGAAUGCCAUAAUAAUGACCAAGUUUUUAUGGUUGUACUUAAGUCAUACUUUAUACUCUACUUUACUGUUAGGAUGUUUUAGGUAAGUUACUUUAUAUUUCUAUUAUCAAAGUGUCUUUAUCACAGUUAUCGCUACCGUUUUCUUUCGCGUCGUCGAACUGAAUGACUAAUCGACGUCAUUCAGUCCGACGACGCGAAAGAUCGUCGAAGAAUUAUGGUAGAAGUUAUGAAAAUGUUGUCUAAUACCACCUACCUGCACUUGUGAUCGUACGUCUAACUUGAAUUCGAGAGAAUAAACUGAAUGCUCGUAAUCUAUACAUUAUACAAUUUUACAUUUGUAUAAAUGUAUACGUCAUCUCGACAAUAAAGGAAAUCCUUUGGAUGGUAAUCUUUAUUCAAAAUAUAGGAAAUAAAGAUUAUCAAUUAAUAAAUCAAAUUGGACGAAAUCAGGCGAUUGAAAACACUGUUUUAUUUGCUGCUAAAAUACGAAAAGUUAGAAAAAACUAAAACUUGUGUUUCUCUAUAGAAUUCUGUCGAACGUAAUUAACGAAGCAGUUUAAAAUUAUCCAUCAUCUGAGCGUUCAGUUAUUCCCCGUGUUUUACAUGUUGGACUCUUAUUUUGCAAACUCAAUUUUCGUACUGUGCGCCAGGAGCGAAAUAAUGUUGGAUGAAAUAUGUACUGAAAUUAUAUGCUGCACUUGCUUCCAUCCCAAUGUUAGAGAAGCCAUCGACGAAUAUCGCCUGCGAUCGCAUGGUCGAUAACAAACAAACUCUCAUCGAAAGUCAGGUGCGAGACCGCCUCUCGGUUGAUGGUCCCGACCAAAGGACGCGUUUGGACCUUGGUCUCAUUUUUGUGAUUAUUUAAUACACGUUAAGCAAACAAUAGAAUAGGUGAGCCUUGUUAUAAUUGAGUAUGAGGAUAUAGCCGUUGUACUGGUUGGCCUUACAGAGACAAUGUCAUUCUCCGUUCAAUAGCGGAAGAAGCGCAGUGAUCACGACAAUUUUAUCUGAGAUAUUGCAAUUACUCUCAUCUAUAAUAAUUAAAUUGCUUAUUCAGGAGCGCUGACAAAUGUUUUUUUUUCAGCUGUCAAUAGGAGUAAAGCUCCUUCGAAAGAAAAAUCUGAAACAAGUGGCCUUCUUCAAAGGGAGAAUUACGAGGAUUAUAUUCGUUACAAUGAAUAUAGCUAUAUUACGAGUGUACAAUAAGUUUUUAGAUUUAUAAUACGAAGUAUAGAAUUUAUUAUUAUGAAUACUAUAACGCGUAAUGAAUUUGUAUAGAAGGCACUCGGUCCCCUUUACGACAGAACUCUGUGUGUUAUAAGCGUGUUCCGAAUACGCUUAUUUCGUACGUUGAUGUUCUCGGAGAGUGUACAAUUUUGCCAUGAUGACGAGCGCCGAAAGAACCUACUAAGCGGGGAAACUUUUAAUACGCGAUGUCACACGCGUUUACGCGUAGCUAGAAUCCUUUUUCUAGUUCCUCUGGGGCAUUGGAUGUCAGUGGAUCUCCAUGCGAGACCUGGCCGUUUUAGCCGCUCCUCUUCGCGCAAAACGCAGUGGGUGCAACUGAAGCGAACGGGUCUGCGCUACAACUACACGAUCGGCUCAGCGAUAUCACUUCAAAUAUCGUUCUCGCGGCGAAAUACUCAGCGCGUAAGGGUCGAGGAUCGUUGUGCCUUCGUGUAUGCACGUUAAAGUACGUUUAAUGAUUGUAAGACGGGCAGACAUCCACACUUUGUGAUUCCAUAAGCAGUUGUUCAUUUUUUUAUACUUACUUUAAUGCUUGCCUAGGAUAGAGCUUGUGUACCCUAAAGAGUGUUUCAAUAAAAAUCACAAAUGAAAUAA